UAGAGAUGGAGAAAUUCAAAUAUCACACGAAAAUAAUAUCGCAACAAGGUGAAACUUUAACUUUUUCUUCGCCGGAGUUCUAUGUGUACACGCCGCAUACACCAUAGUAAAUCGAUUUCUACGUGUCCGAUCGGUUGUCGACGACAUUCACUCGUCAGCAUGAUUACAGCCCGUUUGAUCGUUUUAUCCUCGGCCCUCGUAAUUAUUGUCCCGAGCCACGUGUUCGGCGAUGAAGCGAACAAUGUCUUGUCCACAAAUUUUUCACCGGAGUCGAGGGAGAUUACGUAUCCGUGCAAAUGUCAAGAAAGCAAAUGCAGCUGUUGUAGUGGAAAUAUACUUCAAAACUUUAACCUUAACAUACGGCAACGGCUGUGCACCAAUAUAACAUAUAACGCCGAUGACUUCGAAUUCAACGUGCGUAUAUUAUUCAAUGAUUACACGGUGUACAAUAGAGAUGUAUCGGGUAGGAAUCCGCGGCCCAUAUGCGUGCCGAUCUUCCCGCCCGCCUGGACCCGGAGCCGGGUGUGUUUGAAGUUCAGCAACGUGUACUUCGUGGGCCGCAACGUUCACGUGUGCUUGAGCAUGGAAGCACAAACCGAGAAGAAACCCGUGUUCGCCGUCGACUUCAACUGCGUCCGGAUGGGCACUAUGGGAGUAGCGUUGCUAAAACCAGAGGAUGGUGGUGGCCUAGAGCCACCACUGCCUGACGAUCCGGCCGACGUUCAGGUCCAAGGAACGACGGCGGCGGCGGCAGUGGCAGUGGCGGCGGAGGACCCAACUACGAGCUCAACGGUGGUGAAAAAAAUAAAUAAUGCCAAGCCGCCACGCGCGUGGGUUUGGUGAAAACUCCAUUUGGAUAGUCCAACACAAUCAUAAUAUUAAUAGAUAGUGUUACAAUAUUAUUAUUACGUGUCGCAUAAUAUUAUUGUGUAAUCGUGAAUGCUGACAAAAUAAUAUUAUUACCCAUAACGAGUAAAUAUUUGGAUAUCAGUCGAGUUGGUUGGUUAGCAUAUUAUGACCGUUAUAUGUAUGUAGGCACAUAAUAUAUUAUAAGUGACAUACCUUAUUUAAUAAAUUAUUAAUUAAUAUUUAAGUAUCAUUAACUAUCGUUAACCGUUAUUUAUUACUAGUUAUUGCGCUAUUGAAUCCAUACAGUUCUACCAUGUAUAUUUAAUUUAAUAGUUAUGUAUAUUUUAUAUUAUAUAUAGUAUUUAAAAUUUAAAAUUGUAUAAGUGAAUAAUCAUAUUAUUUCCCACAUUGUACAUUGCAAAAAAAAAUAACUAGAAAAUUUCUCAGUGAAUAUUAUUAUAUCGAAUUCAAUAAAAAAUAAUGUUUUGUACAUUUUUCAAUAAUAACUUUUGUGAAAUACAACUCAUAAUGAAAUUUUAUAUACAAGUUAAUCAAACUGCUAUACACCUAUCUCAUAAUUUUAAGUUUAUUUAUAUAAAGUAAUAAUUACUUUUAUUGAUUUACGGUGUAUGUAUACUCAUAACUCAUUAAUACUUGUUUAACUGUUAUAGAGCAAAAAGUAAAAAAAAACAGAUCAAAAAGCUUUGAGUAAGUCACCUUUCUACCAUUAAGAUUGAAAAUUUAAUAAAAAUUAUACUUGUGAAAUAGUGAGGAAUAAUAUACAAAGGAAUAACAUUUUUUAA